AUGGUGCAACAAUUCCAGCAGAGUCAGCAGCCCGAACCAUCUUUCGACGAGACGGCUAUGACUCAGCCGCUCGAUUCAAAAAACAUUUCUUCUGCCAAUAUUCCGAAUGCGAAUAGCAGCAGCGAUAUCGGCAAUACUGGGAUGCAAUGCUGGGAUUCUUCAGUGGAUUGGACCGCUGGAUCCUCUCUGCUGCCGAUCGUGGAACAUAUCAAUUUACCCCCGAGUGCACCGCACGAUGCCACCAACAAUCAAUUCGACAUGAAGAUCAGCAAUCAUACCUGGACGGACGCUGGUGCUGGAUCUCAGCAGCCUUUUUCGACCGGGGAUUGGGAAGCUGUCUGGAUUGAUCCCGAUUCUUCGGCUGGUCGGAGCUCUAUUCGGCCAAACGAAACGCCAUACACACCAAUGCAACCUUCUACCAACGACAUUGCGGCUUACGGACAGAAUCAGACCCAGCAGCCAUGGCUUGAUACUGCUGAUACCUUGCCAGGGAGCAUAUACGAUGUGUCCCUUUGGUGA